GGGACACCAUCGCAUAUCUUUCAAAGUACUUUCGUCUCGCCGUUCUCAGUCUGAGUAAGACUCGUCUGCUGUUGCAGACGACGAAGAAGGCGCAGGUGCAUGCAUGUUGCAGUAGUGAAAGUAUCCGCGAGUGCAGCUACGAUCUGCCGUCUGUCAAUGCCCUCUCUUUCAUAGUCAGUCCGAUUCUAACGGCGCCGUUUAUCGCGCGAUUCAAGUCCUCAGUCGAAUUCGCCAUCGUGCCCGGUGAUCCUCGAUUGCUAUAAGAUCCUUGUGUUCAACUUUACCUAAAGAUACGAUUGAAGUAGCAACGAUUGCAAUAGUCCCGAUAAUCGAAACUUUCGCGAAACUUUCGUCUUCAUCGUCGACAUCGCGGUUGUACUGAAAAAUUAUGACCAAGAGGCUGCGGGCCAUCCUCCUCCUUGUCGGUUGUACGGCAACUCUCUCCUCUAACGUCAACCCCGAAUAUGUGAAGCAAUGUUCCAAAAGCGAUCCAAAGCUGGUAACUUGUUUGAUCGGUGCUCUGCAUCAUCUGCGACCUUAUUUGAGCGUCGGAAUUCCCGAAAUUGAGUUACCUGCGGUAGAACCGUUCCGUAUGGACGAACUGACUCUCUCUCUGACAGGUGGUUCGAACGGUUAUAAGAUUCAGUUACGGGACCUUUAUAUAAAAGGAGCGAGUAACUUUUCGGUGGAGGAUAUCAAACUGGGCUCACCCUUCCAAGCAGUUAUACGAAUGCCGGCCCUUAUAUUAGACGCGCAUUAUUCCAGUUCCGGCGUAUUAAUAAUUUUACCCGCAAGUGGAAACGGUACGUUCCAUGCGCGUUUCGGAGAUGCUAGAGCACUAGUCAGAGGAACAGUCUCGACGAAGUCACGAGAAGGAAAGUCAUAUUUAAACGUUGACAACCUUGACGUCGUACUCGCUGUGAAAAACCUACAAAUGCGAGUCAGCAAGAUCUUCAACAACAAUCGAAUACUCACCGAGGCAAUCAAUCUCUUCCUUCGAGAAAAUGGGCAAGAAGUAUUGAAAUUGAUGGAGCCGCAGCUGAAGAAGAAGCUAUCGGCACUCUUUGCUGGCAUUGUUAACCAACUGCUGCGACACGUGCCACUGGACACGUUCCUUAUACCUUGAAACGUUUAUGUUAUAUCUUCAUUAGUUACCAUUAGAUUCUUAUUAUUGAAAUUAAUGAUAAAUUUUGAACAUGCACGGGACUUAAGUAACGCGUAAUAGCGUAAAAAAUGAUUUGUUAAACAUUCUUCUAAUUAAAACAAACAAAAAUAUGUAGACAAUAUGUGGACACGCAUUUAAGUUGCUUUUCAAUUUUUAAGUAGCAGAUUUAUUUUAUUUUAUUAAUGUGUUUUAAGAUUUCUUUUAAUAUUUAGAUAUUUUCUAAAGAAAGAAAAUAAAUAACACGCAAUUAAAAAAUUGUCAAUUUUAUAGACAAAGUUUAUAUCAACAAAAACGAAAUUUUAAACACAUAAUUAAAUGUAGGACGACAUACAAUUAAAUUCCAGGCUAAUAAAUAACUGUUGUUAAAUUUUCUUAAAGAAGUAUGUUGUAAACGUAAUUGUUGCUUAUAUCAUAUUAAAAUAGUAAUAUAUAAAUCGUUAUCAUGUUAAGUUUCAAAUACGGUAUUACAGAUUUAGCGCACAAAUGGAAUUAGUGGUUAUAAAAAUAGAAUAAGAUAAAUGUAUUUUUUAUCAUAUAUAAAUGUAUGAUAAAAAUCAAUUACAUUGGUUUUCUUUA